AUGAAGGCUGACAAGUCUCUCCAGCAACCCAUCAAGCAGUACCAGGUUGUGGGCCGCCUCAUCCCAACCGAGGCACACCCGGCCCCCCCAGUGCUGCGUAUGCGUCUAUUCGCCACCAACAAGGUCCUUGCGGAGUCGCGUUUCUGGUAUUUGCUGCGCAAGCUACGCAAGAUCAAGAAGGCUCAUGGAGAGAUCUUGGAGAUCACGGAGAUCAAGGAGAAACGCCCCACCUACGUGAAGAACUUCGGAAUCUGGCUGCGCUAUGACAGCAGAACCGGAGUGCACAACAUGUACAAGGAAAUCAGGGAUCUGACGCAGAACGGUGCAAUUUCGCAACUUCUAGCCGAAAUGUCUGGCAGGCACAGGGCGCUGGCGAGCAGCAUUCAGAUCAUCAGGAUCGUGCAGCUCAAGGGUAAAGAUUGCCGCAGGCCCCACGUGCAGCAGAUGCUGAACUCGAAGCUCAGGAUGCCCGCUAUUAGGAGGAUCAUGACAGUGCCUAAGAACAAGAGGUCAACCUUCUGCGCCAGCCGGCCGAGACUCUUCCUCCGCUAA